AUGGGGAUCCUUGAGAAGAUCGCUGCCAUCCAGGAGGAGUUGGCACGCACGCAGAAGAACAAGGCCACCGAGUACCACAUCGGGCUCUUGAAGGGGAAGUUGGCCAAGUACCGGCGGGAGUUGAUGGAGCCCACCCAGGCCGGCGGCGGCGGCGGCGGCCAGGGGUUUGAGGUCGCCAAAGCGGGGGAUGCCCGGGUGACCCUUAUCGGGUUCCCCUCGGUGGGUAAGUCGUCGUUUUUGUCGAAAGUGACCAAUACCAAGAGUGAAGCCGCCAACUACGAAUUCACCACGUUGACGUCGGUGGGGGGGAUCUUGGAGUACAAUGGCGCUGAAGUACAGAUUGUCGAUCUUCCCGGGAUCAUCAAAGCCGCGUCUCAGGGUAAGGGGAGAGGGAGACAGGUGAUUGCCGUACUGAAGACGCUGGACCUUAUCAUGAUGGUGUUGGACGCUACCAAGUCCGGCGACCAGCGACAGAUCUUGGAGAACGAGUUGGAGCUGAUGGGGAUCCGUUUGAACAAGACAAGACCCGAUAUCCUGUUGAAAAUCAAGCUGACGGGCGGGGUCCGCCUCAACCUGAUCAACCCGCCCAAACACUUGAACGAGAAGGUGGUGCUGGGCCUUUUGAAAGAGUAUAAGAUCCACAACGCCGACGUGCUUAUUCGUGACGAAAACGUCACUAUCGACGACUUUAUCGACAUCAUCAAUGACCAACACAUCAGCUACAUCAAGUGUCUCUAUGUGUAUAACAAGAUCGACGCGGUGCUGCUUGAGGAGUGUGACCGGCUUGCCCGUGAGCCGAAUACGGUGGUGAUGCUGUGUGCUUUGGACUUGGGGAUCGAGGACUUGAAGGAAGAGAUCUGGCGCCAGUUGGACUUGCUUAGACUCUAUACUAAGCGUAGAGGGGUGGCGCCGGUGCUUGACGACCCCAUGGUGGUGCGUAACCAUCUGACGGUGCUGGAGGUGUGUGACGCCAUCCACAGAGACAUGAAGAACCAGUUUAAGUACGCGCUUGUGUGGGGGCUGAGUGCAAAGCACUCGCCGCAAAAGUGUGGGCUCACCCACGAAGUGCACGAUGAAGACGUCGUGCAAAUCGUCACCAAGUAG